UCGAGUCAUCGUUGCCUCAAGUUCCACCGAAUUUGCGACCAGUUUAACAGUAUUUGCAUCGAGUAGCAGUAGCAGUAGCGGCGUUGGGAGAUGAGCACAUGAACUGUGUCGGUGAAGUGUUCAGAAAACAAUCUAGAAAUCUUUGUGGGUUUGUAGUGGUGCGUUUCCUUGCGCCUCGCCGGUGCUUGGAUUGCGUUCAACGUGUGAGGUUGCUGCUUAUGGUGCCUGAGAACCUGCGAAGAUCACACAUUUUGCGUUGCGGUGGAGGCGUCGCUGGGUUUAUUUGUUUUUUGGUUUGUGGAAGGGAGUGCGAUUGUUCUUUGAUGGUGCAGGUGUGUCGUGAAAUGUUCUCAUGGUAACAGGUCUUGUGCAAGGUUGGUCGCUCAUUGACCAGCGUGAGACUGUUCGUCUGACAUUUUGGGAGCUGUGGUAAGUGGUCAAUAUACCAUGAGCCACGGGACAAGUGUUCGUAGCGUAGAGUGAUUGUUCGAAUCUUACUUUCUUUACAACAUACAGAUUGAUCAACAGUUAAGAAAGAAAUAUGGAUCAGCAGUUACUCGUGAUUGGGACCCAGUGAUGAUUACCUCAGAUAAGGCUAGCAUGCAUGCAGGUUGACGCGUCGCCAUGCCUCAAUGGACAGGUUACAGAAUGGAUCUCCGCGUUUGGACAAGCUGUUGAAGCAAAAGCUUGUAUGUGGCUUGGUUUUCUUCGGAUCACAGAAAGGCCACACCCUCUGAGUCCACGUGAAAUAGUAUCAAAUGUUUUUAUCUGAAGCUGAACGAUGUGGCAGAGUUUCAGCAAAUGUUGUGAAGAGGAAUCGUAUGUAAAAUCGAAGCGCCAUGCGGGGAAUGCUCUUCGUUGGAAGCUGUCCAGUGAUUGGUUUUUUUUGCCGGUUGAGGGCAUGAGAAAACACUUAGUUUGAAAAAUUAAUAAUCAAAACCGACAGCGAUAAAGUGGAAUUUAUCUUCUGAAAGAUACAAGGGUGAGCUUGACAAGGCUAAGACGGCACUGAAACAUACACCAGAGACUGAUUAGUUGCAGCCUGCAUCGAUUCUACGUAGUAUACGGUAUUCUGAGAGGGGAUAAACGACUCCCACAAACCGACGAGUCUUUUGAAAGAAAUAAUAUGGCGCUGAAUGGGGGGAACGGCGAGGCAGGGCUCGCACAGAAAGAGGGACAUUAUACCACAACUCCGGUGGAAACUGCUGCAGAAAAACUAAGCGAUCCUGAAGGAGGUAAUUCAUUCAAAGCAGCCGAUGCAGUGUCCAAAGAAACAGCUCACCGGGUCGGAGAAGGUAAUAACGCUGCUCUCCAUUGUGGUAUUCAUACGAAUCAAUCGCAACCGUCUUGUGUUCAUUGAGGAACACAUGCAGGGAUCCUCAGAAUUCAUUCAAAUUCGAUUUCAGAGCUAGGGUGACUAGGUUGCACACCCGAAGAGCUCAAGAUCAUUAACGUGGCUCAGUUGCGAUGAAUUCAUCAUGGCAUAUGCGUGGUACACAGUGGCAUUCCACAUCGUGACAGCUUUAAAUUCGGGUUUUAUUCUUGGGUACCCCGCUCUGAUCAUGGCGUACCUGGGCUGGACUGCCGGUGUCCUCUGCCUGCUCGGAGGGGGUAUCAUCUCUUUUUACAAAAAUUGUCUUCUCGGAGAGCUGCAUGAGACCGGCGGCAAGCGCCAAGUUCGCUACCGGGACCUUGCAGGCCACAUCUACGGCCCGCAUAUGUACCGCGCAACCUAGUUUGUGCAGUACUUGUAUCUCUUCAUAGGAAAUAUUGGAACCAUCGUUUUUUUUGGGGGGGGGGAGUCUCUAAAGGCUAUAGCUGCAGCCUUCACAGUUGGAAGACAUGUGACGUUGCCUGGAUGGGUGGGCGUCGCCGGAGCAGUGAUAUGCGUCUUCGCAUUUUUGGUUCCCACCCUUCACGCAUUCCGGUUCUUCUCCACUUGCUCUUUGCUCCUCAGCUGUGUCUACAUAUUCACCAGCGUCGGCAUCGCUCUCACUGACGGUGUGAAGGCGAAGUUUUCUCGAGACUACUCUCUGAAAGGUAGUAACACUGAAAAGGCGUUCAAUGCAUUAGGAGCCAUGGCAACAAUAGCAUUUGCAUUCAACACGGGCAUUCUUCCAGAAAUGCAGGCAACAGUGAAAGAGCCAUCAGUUAGGAACAUGAAGAAGGCACUUGACCUUCAAUUCACAGUGGGGACACUCCCAAUCCUGAUGCUCACCUUUGUUGGAUACUGGGCAUACGGCAACGACGUCGUCCCAUACAUGUUGAAUUCUGUCUCUGGGCCCAAAUCUGCAGUUACAGUCGCUAACGCCGCUGCCUUCUUGCAAACGGUCGUUUCUCUCCAUAUUUAUUGCUCGCACAUUUACGAGUUCAUGGAUACCUCCUUCAGUAAGAAAGGACGCCAUGAAUGGUCUUUCUAUAGCAUAACCGUGCGGUUGAUCAAGCGCACGACGUAUAUCUCUCUCAGCACUUUCCUGGGAGCGUUGCUUCUCUUCUUCGGAGACUUCAUUGUUCUCACCGGAGCAGUGGCUGUGUUUCCUCCAGAGUCUGGAUUGGUUCACCACAUGUAUACAAAGGUGAAGGGUAACAAGUUCGGUUAGCAGCGACUGAUUUGGCACUGGGGUAUGGUGAUCAUCUCGGCAGCCUUGACUGUUGGAACCGUCGCUGUGGGUUUCCGAUUCAUUGUUGUUGACUCUAUCAACUACCCUGCAUUCGCCGACUUGUAAUGGGUCUAAUUAAGCAAACGAGGCGAAUCCAAGCAUCAACAGUUGGAGAGACUACAGGCGGUCAACAAUUCCAAGGCCACGCAACACGUGGGUUGUAACUAUGUAUGUACACAGUAGAAUCUUUUAGCCUUCUAAGAGCUUGCAGAUUAGACGAGAAGUUCUGUCCAAGAUGUGAUCUUAUAAUAAUAUCAAACAACCAAAAAGAUAUCAAAACGUGUUUAUCUUGUGAAUAUACAUGACUUUUGAUCGUCAAUUGUGAAAUCGGAAGAACAAGCACAAUAUCAAGCAUUCACAUCAUCUUCGUUACAGUUGUCUUUAUGGAGAUGAUUAUAAUUUCUCUCCCAAAGUA